AUGAUAAUACCAAAGUUAUUGCUUCUGUUACCACUACUAUUGCUAGCGGAAGCCCAAAACGAUUCACAACGAGUAUGGUCGAAUAGAUUACCACUUCGAAGGCCUGUAAUUACUCCUGGAUUUGGACCCGAAUCGACUUUGUCUCCAACAACCAAUAAUCCUAUAACCACGAAACAAAUUCCAGAGUUUGUUACACAACAAUAUGUUCCUACCUCAUCUAAAAAUUAUGAAGAAGUAACAACGAAGGGUGCAGAGAUUGCUAGCGUUUCUUCAUUUACAAGUGAAACACGAGCACCAAAUAGAGGAAAAGUAGGAUUCACAAUCAUAUUUAGCAACAGUUAUACAGAAAACCCCAUUACUACUUCUUCAAUAUCACCACCACUAUCAUUAACACCGCAACGACCAAUUCAGAGGCCAUUUUGGUCUAGACCGAUAAAUAGGCCAGAAAAUAGUCAACCAAUAACUUCAAAUAUCACACCAUUAGCUUCAACUGUUGAAUCGUCACCAUCAACUGCUGAAACGUCAACUUUAAUUGUUGCGCCGUCAACUUCACCUGUUGCAUCAACAAUUAUAGCUGCAGAACCGAUAACUUCGACUGCAGCACCAUCAAUUUCAACUGUUACUCCGUCGAGUUUAAAUAUUGCAAAUGUUGAAGGUGCGGCUAAGAUACCUCCCGAGAACCAAGAACCAGGAGACAGAAGACCAGGAUUUACUAUUAUAUUUUCCGACAAUUAUACAAAAAAACCAAUGACAAUUAAUACUUCUCCUGUAUCGGUAGCUGUUCCUUCAAUUUCAACUGUUACAGAUAGUGAAAUUACGGCCAAGAUACCACCCGCAAGCCAAGAUUCAGAAGACAGACGACCAGGAUAUACAAUUAUAUUUUCUAACAAUAAUACAAAAAACCCAACGACAGUUAAUUCUUCUCCUGCUGUACCUUUAACUUCAAUUGUUGCGUCACCUUCGACUUCAACUUUUACCCCGUCUACUUUAACCGUUACAAAUGUUGAAGCUGCGGCUAAGAUUCCGGCAGCAAACCAAGAAUCAAAGGACAGAAAACCAGGAUAUACAGUUAUAUUCACAGACUCCUCUACCAAAAAACCUACGACAAUUGUUUCUCCUUCUGUAUUUACAGUAACAAGACAACCUAUACAGAAUCCAGUUCAAACUAAUCCAACAACUUUCACACCAACUUCAAUAGUGAAUCAAAAUACUGGUUCGUAUAUACCAACGCAAACUACCAAUCUUCCAUCAAAAAAACCAACUGAAUCUUAUUCUAUUAUUAUUAUCAAUAAUAAUGGUUCAGAUCCUAAUAUCAGUUCACAAAAAAUUGCUAAUCCACCUAAGGAAUCAAGUGACACCACUGGUCCAUCACAAAAUAUAACAAUAACGGAAGUUAAGCCCGUGACAAACCAAAUUGUAAUGCCUACGAUUCCUACUGCUUAUACGUCUACCACUUCCAGACCUAUUCCUGUUAGGCCUUUUCCUUCUAGACCUAUUCCUUUUAGACCCACUUCUUCUAUCCCAACCACUUCCACACCACUCAUAGUUGUAGUACCAUCAAAAGCACCUGCUCCAGUUACUAAUACACCUGUGACAACAUCUCCCUGGCGAACUACAACAACUUCCAUUACAACAUUAACGACAACAUGGAAACCACCAACGACAUGGACAACUUCAACUUCUUCGAAUCCACAAAAACCGUGGAAUUCACCUACCCAAUCUGGUGGUCAACAAAGGCCACUCCAACCGAAUGUGAUAAAUCAGUUACAAGAUUAUAUUUGCAGAGACGUAAAUGGCUAUUAUUUAUUGGAAAACAAAUGUGACGAGUACAUUUUAUGCAAGAACAAUACCGCAUACAAAAACAUGUGUCCUGAUGGUCUUCAUUUUAAUCCUGUAGCCCGCUAUCCCGCUUACCCCUGCGCUUACCCUACAGAAGUUAAAUGUCAAAUCCCGUCUAUAAAACAGCCAGCACAGCCAACUAGCGAAUGUCCGCAUCGUUUCGGUCACUUCCCAGUGCCUAAUGGGGACUGCGGUCACUUUAUGAUGUGUCAAGAAGGUGUAGCAACAAUAAUGGCUUGUCCACCUGGACUCGCCUUUAACACAAAAAUAAGCGCAUGCGAUUGGUCUGUAAAUGUACCAGGAUGCAAUCCUAGUGCGUUCAAAGGUUUUACCUGCCCAGCGGUGAAAACGGAUACAUAUGAAAAUUCUGCGAUCAUCAACUACAGAUACAAAAAUAGCUGCAAGAAUUAUAUUGCAUGCCAUGAAGGACAUCCCCGUCUCCUCAGUUGUGACGCAGGAUUGUCCUUCGAUGAAGCAGCAGCGAAAUGUGUGGAAUCGAGUCUAGUCAAGAAUUGCACGAGCUAGAUAUAUAAAUAGAAAUGUCCAAUAGGAAAAUAU